UUAAGAUGUAACGCCCACUCUUCCUGAGCCUAAACUCGAACGUUUUGAUGUGCCCGGUGCAAUGUGGGAUAGUUGGGGUUAGAGGCGACGCAACCGACUGAGGGAAAUGGAUGUGUUCCUUAUGAUCAGGCGUCACAAGACGACCAUUUUCACAGACGCAAAAGAGUCCACCACUGUUUAUGAACUGAAACGUAUCGUGGAAGGCAUCCUGAAACGGGCUCCAGAAGAGCAGAGGCUUUAUAAGGAUGAUGUAUUGCUGGACGACAGUAAAACUCUUGGAGAUUGUGGAUUUACAAACCAGACAGCGCGGCCCCAGGCCCCAGGCACUGUUGGACUGGCGUUCCGUGCCAAUGAUGAGACUUUUGAACCACUGAGGGUGGAACCCUUCUCCAGCCCUCCUGAGCUACCGGACGUCAUGAAGCCCCAAGACUCCAGCAGCACUGCCAACGAGCAGGCGGUGCAGUGAUGGAUGUGCGGAUGGAUGGAUGAAGGGAUGAAGGGAGGGAGAAAGAAAGGGAGUGAGGGGAAAGCUUGUUUGUGUGAUUUGUAAGUGUUUGUUUGUUUGUUUGUUUAAAUUUUCUUUUGUUGUUUAUUGUUUGACCUUUUUUUGUAUCUUUGCUGGCAGAGGCGUGGGUUUGUUCAGGUGCAGAGCAGAAGUUCAUGAAGGACUAAAAACUGCGUGUGGUGAUUUUUAACUUUUUGGAAUAAUAACCGUUCUACUCCACCUGCAUCACACAACAUCAGUUGCAAACAAACUCACGACCUCUAUCCUUUUCUCUUCUCUUCUGACAAUAUGUCAGCCCUCCUCACCUGUUUUAGACAUUGCUUAGGCGUGUCCUCUUUGCUCAUGCGUCACCCUUUCAGGAACCCCCUCAUUGGCUGCACUGAUGUCAAUCUUCCGGAUGAGGUGGGAGGAGACAGGGCUGAAGACGAGUGCUGUACCUCUGAGUUCCACUAAUUUGGGUAUGGAUCUGUAGGUGGAUCUAGUAUUGUGGCCAUUGUGUGUGUGUGUGUGUAUGCGUGUUUUUGAUUUGGUGUGUACUUUUUGAGGGUGGGAGUGAGAACAUUAAGAAUGCUCUCUCGCUGAUUUUGCAUUUACUUUGUGUUUUUGUGUGUGCUUCACCUUAAUGAUUUAUUAUUAUUAUUAUUAUUAUUAUUAUUAUUAUUAUUAUUAUUUUGUAUUAUUUAGGACUUUAUGGGUCUUACAAAGAGACAUCUGGGAUGCAAGAGAAAGAUGUUUUAAAAGUGACUUAGUUAUUCAGUCAUGAAAUGCAUGAAACUGCUCACAAAACUAUGAGCCGACUGCUGGACAUUGUACAGAAAUCAUGUUCUCACAACAGGUGUUUUCAUUCAUUUCCAUCAAGGAAAUAAUGCCAUUUCAGUGUAGAUAUUUCCUCACGCGUUGCUUCUUUUUGUUUCCUGACUCAAGUUUCUGUGCCUGUGUCCUUUUCUCCUGUCCGGUUUGAUUUUGAGUCUCAAAAUCUAUUGUAAGUCAUAAACAGUCUUUUACCAGUCUGA